UCUCAAUUCUCGUUCCCUGGAAAAACAAAGCAAGCUCAAUCCCCUUCCUCUGCUGUCCUGCCCCACGGAAACCUACUGACCAAAAUGGAAGACGACGCGGCGGCAGCCGCCGCCGCCGUAUCCAAGGUGCUCGCCGACGACGACCUCCUCGCCGAGAUCCUCCUCCGCGUCGGCUUCCCCACCACCCUCGUCCGCGCCGCCGCCGUCUGCAAGCGAUGGCUCCACCACGCCUCCCACAAGGCCUUCCUCCGCCGUUUCCGUAAGCUCAACCCGCCUCGCAUCCUCGGUUUCUACACCCAAGUAUUUCAAGGGGAUCCACGCUUCGUGCCUAUGCUUCCUCAGCCCCCAGAGCUGGCCGCCGCCGUCCGGAUCGUCCAGGGCUACAGCUUCGGCACACCCAAUGAUGGGCACUCAUUGGUCAGGCACCAAGUAUUGGUCCAAGACUGCCGGAACGGCAGCGUCUCCACCGCAUUGCGCAGCACAAGGGACCACGCAAUGGUUGAAGAAUGGUUGGGAUUCAGUGUUGGAAUGCACAGCCCCCUUUGCCCCGAGAAAGCCAUGGCCAUCGACCCACCACUCUCACCCCACCACCACCACGGUCCAGGAUGCUUUCUAAUCCUCUCCAGAGAAGAAAACGACGGCGGUUUAUCUUACUUUUUUGUGCUGCUGGAGAACCCCAAGAAUUUGGAUAUAACAUCUGCAACAAAUUUUACAGCGCAUAUGUUUAUGUUGAAAGAUGGAGCCUGGUGCAUGCUUGCCUCGGCCACGACACAGAUCGUUCAUUGGCGGGCGGACAUACGAGCUGUGCUGGUUGACAAUAGAAUCUACAUCAUGGCCACCUACAUAGAGAUUACCGUCUUGGAUCUGACGACCUCAAGUUUUUCCACAGUUAAACUCCCACAAGGAGUGGGACGUUCCAUGUUAUCACGGGCUGAUGAUGCUUCCAGCGUGUAUCUCAUCGGGGUGAAAGAACAUCAACUUGGCAUAUGGCUCCACAAGGGGGACAGCUUGUCGAUCAUGGAUACCAUUUGUCUGCGUGAGAUGUGUGCAAAUCUAAUGAUGUCAGACUGCAGGGUUAAGGAUGUGCUUACUUUUCCUCUCUGGAUAAUCUAUGUGGGGGACAACGCUGAGUUUGUGAUCUUGCAAAUGGGUCGGUUCGUGUUCUAUCUUGAUACAAGGUGCAGGACACUGCGUACAUUGUAUGAGACGCCAGAAGGUGAACCAUACCAGGUGGAUUUUAAUAGCCAACCUUUUAUGAUGAUCUGGCCUCCCACAUUCCCUACGCUAAAGUGUGAUCCUACCAGGUACUUCCGGGUGUGCCGCAAAAGGAUGAGGAGUGUCGCUUUAAUGUUGCGAAAGUGUGGACACCAUACAUGCUAGAAAAUUGCAUUUCAUAGAUCAUAGUAUAUCUUGUUAUUUUUCUCCGUUGCUAGACAUAAACUGUUGUCAAGUUAUGGCAUAUUACUCAACGUAAUGUUAACUUUUGUUAGAGCAUAUGUUGGCACUAGACAACAUGUUUCUCUGAACUUGUUCUUCCCCAUAUAUAGUCUAAUAAUAGCACUCCAUCUGUUCCGAAUUACUUGUCGCAGAUUUGUCUAGAUAGAGGGAGUAGCAACCAUUACUUAAAAAUGACUUGUUUGGUGCUUUAGGAUGGACGAUUCAUUUUGCUUUAUCACCCUUUUUUUAAAUUUCAGGCAUUUAAGUGAAAAACUAAAAUUCAAUGUUCAAAAGUAUAAGCAUGGGUUUUUCUGAAUGUUGAUGCAUAAGUGAAUUAGCAUUCCGUAUCUGUAUGUCGAAGCAUGAUGUUGCAUAGUGGAUCAUAUAUCUCUUAUGCAUCAUUCCUUGUUCAAAUAUAUCAUAAGCGAAAGGUUUCUUUGAUGUGACUAAUAGAUAUACAAGUUAACAAUGGGUAGUUUGUUCUUGUGUGGCAUUUCUCCUUCUAUGAUCAGGGAUUUGUUUUACUGGACUGUAUGAUGAUAAUAUGCAUGUCUAGGAUAUUAAGGCAUUUAAAAAAACUUCGUACGAAAAGAUUUAUUACUUUUACUUUUGAGGGCAGACAAUGUUUGGCUAUCUUUUUACUUGCCACAUGUCUAAUUCCUAAUUUUGUAUCUCUCAAUACAGUGUCAUCCUUAAUGCCAGCCUGUCAUUAGUUUUAGGAUGAUACUCAAAUGACUCCAGACUUGUUACAAAAUUACAUUUCAUAGUGCUGAUGGCUGUUGAUUUCGUUUGGUAGGCAUAUACUGAUGUGUCAGAUUAUGUCAGAUUACGACCGCCGGAGCACCGGAACCCCACCAAAUCUUGCAUGUGGGCCUAUGCUAUGUGUCAAAAUGUGGUGCAAUGUGUAAUGGUGCAAAAGUAGCUCCCCUAAACCCUAGACCCUAGCCCUAACCCUAUGUCGAACCCUAACCAGUAGAUCAGGCACACC